AUGGCAGGCUAUGAUACUCUGACCAUGAGCUCUGCGCCGAACGACAUUCUGCGAUUGAGUGUCCCAGACUCGGGGCGCAUGACUACCAUGGAUCCAUUCGAUCGUGAUCUAAAUUUUGAGGGGGAUGGAUUAUUCGGACAACCCAGAGACGAAGUCCACACCACCGGCCUCCCCAUCCCUUUCACGCCCUCCUAUGACCUCUCCGACGCCUUCUCCACCACCUUCGAAGACCCUUUUUCCUACCAAUCUGGGCCCUUCGAAUCCCUCCUCGAUAACCCCAACAAUCCCAGCACCCAAGAUGGCGACGGCGCGCCCCGCAAGACCUCGACAACAAGCUUCUCGGCUUCGAUGACCGCAGAACUAUACGGGAUGUUUUUCGUCGCGGAAGAUGUGUUCGGUGGCGACACGGCGGGGCGACCCAUGGAGUUGACUUGUUACCGGCGGAAUCUCUUUCAGAUCUCGGGCUCCGUAACGUUGUCGAGGAAUGUUACGCAUAUGGUUAAUGAGCAGGGACAACAAAUACCUUUAUAUGACCUCACGGCUACGAUAUCGGCGCUGGAGAGUAUAGAGGGCAAAAGCACCGAAAUCAUAUCCGUGCCAUGGAAAACAUCGACGGGGUCGUCGAGUGAUGAUAAAGCAGGCGCCGCACCGCCGAAAUGGCCGCUGGAUCUGAGUACGAACCCGGAAUUGGACCCCCUUUCCGUCUCGAUACCUAUAGCCUGGAAACGGCUGCAGUUUAAACACGCAACUGCGAAUAACGGCCGGCGGAAAGGUCUACAGCAACAUUAUGUCAUUCAGAUAAACCUCAUGGCUACUCUAGCUACAGGUGAGAAUUUCCAGUUGGCGGAGAUACAGAGUGGGCCGAUUAUUGUAAGGGGCAGGAGUCCGAGGAAUUUCGAUAGUAGGAAGGAUGUGCCGCUUUCUGAGAGGAAGUUGGAGCCCAAGCAGAGGGCUAUGAGUGAUGCUUCUGCGAGUACGAAUGUUCCUCAGGUGAAGGUUGAUCCCGCCGUGUCAAAUAGCACGUAUCGAUUUUAUGCGUUGAAUGCUUUACAGACACCACUUGAUCUCCCCGACUGGUCCAAUUCCAACUCAGCAACGCUCCCCUCCAGCACAACAUCCCCCGAAACCCACAGGCCCUCCAAAAAGCCUGCUCUCUCCACCAACAACGGCCAUUCAUCCCGUCCCCCCGUCCCGAAAACAAAAUGGAAAUCCGAAAACACCACCCCCGUAAAACCUAGCGCGGCCGCACCAAUCGAUCUUAGUCUAGUGGAUGACGAAUACGGACGCAAGGAAGUAGGGCGAAGUGGUGGGGAGAGUCCGCUCGUUAGGAAAAGCAGUCAUGGGGCUAAGGCUGCGGCGAGUCCUGAGAAUACGGAUUUGUUAUAUGAGUAUUUUCCCUUGAGUUUAGAUGAUUGGAUGCCGCCUGUUGAUGCUAUAUACCGACCCCAUGUCGUGCAUCAUACUAUUGUACCCCCGGAUUUAAAGGCGCAGCAGGUGAAGAAUAAAACGAAACGAUAUUUUUCGGCAGACGAUUGA